AUGGCUCUCCCAACACCGCCUAUCAAAGUGGACUCCUCCGAUCUCAACCGGAGCAAAGCUCUCUUGGCUACUGCCGGGGAGGAAUCCGGAGCGCUGCUGGAUCAGCCCCCUGGCGAGAGUGAGUAUUCAGACCCCUUUGAUGCUCAUCGAGAGACGAAAGAAGAUGGGGAGGAAGACGUGGGGUUGGAAAACAAUGGCUACAUGGAACCCUACGAUGCCCAAAAGGUGGUGGUUGAUCUCCAGCGCAAAAAUGACAGGGAGGAGCACCAGGUGAAGAAGUCCCGGAAGGGUCUACAGCUGUACGACACCCCCUACGAGGAGAAGGAACUGGAGGCUGACCCGGAGGGCGCCUCUGCCAACAAACCCCGCGAGAGCCGUCUGCCCCAGGAUGAUGAGCGGCCAGCGGAUGAGUACGACCAGCCGUGGGAGUGGAAGAAGAAUCACAUUUCUCGAGCUUUUGCAGUAGACGUUAAGGAGGCUAAAGUAUUACCCUGGCCACCGCCGGUGGGACAGCUGCCGGGUACAGAGGAACCCCUAGAUCCAGAAGUGCAGUUUGAGACCCCGGAGUGGGAACGGACAUCCUCGGUUUCCUCCUCUUCAGGGCACCUGGAGCGUUGGCGCCAGACAAAGCACCUGCCAGGGAAUUCCAAAUUUGGCCGCUCCCAAAGUCCAGAGGGGAGCCCCCCUGCGGCAGAACGUGUGGAUCCCUCGCUAUCACUGGAGAAGCAAGCGUGGUUCCACGGCACAAUCAGCCGAGCGGAGGCUGAAGCCCUCCUGUCCCUCUGCAAAGAAGGCAGCUACCUGGUACGGAACAGCGAGACCAGCCGGAACGACUACUCCCUGUCGCUCAGGAGCAGCCAAGGAUUUAUGCACAUGAAGUUUACCCGGACCAAGGACAGCAAGUAUAUCCUGGGCCAAAACAGCGCUCCUUUUGACAGCAUUCCAGAGGUGAUCCAUCAUUACACGGCCCAAGAUCUGCCCGUCAAGGGUGCCGAACACCUCUCUCUGCUCUAUCCAGUCACUGUUCAGACUCUGUAAAACCACAGUUGCUGGGAAUAGGGGAGCUGCUUUCAAUCCAAAGAGACCGGCAGGAUGAUUGUCCGGACCGCAGGGGGUAUCUAGUUGCGCCAACUGACAGACAAUCUCUCCUCUCCUGUUGGGAGAGCUGCGUGCUUCUGCUCUCUCUGAUUUUUCAAGCAAUAACAGUGCCAGAUGCUUCCUGACAAACCCCUUGGCACCCCUUCCACCCACCAAGGAGCAACUUGUCUCCAGCAGGCUAGUGGAAGAAAAUGGGGACAGUGUUCCGGGUUGGUCUAGCAACUCACCUCUUGCAAAGCUUAUGUUGUUUGCGUGAAAUGGUGGAGGAGGUGAGUUUUUGCCAACAUGAAUGGGCCCGGGGUAGAAACUGUGCGUAUGGGGGAAUUACUCCUUUAUCCUGAGAAGACGUUCCAUAUAGCCCUUGCAGCUCACCUCUUGCAAUGUGUAUCUUGUUUUUGUGAACUGAGAUGUUGAGUUUUUGCAACGAGUCCUGGAGUGAUUUUUCCCUUCUCUCCAGAGGCCUUCCAGACAGUCCUUCUAGCGCUUGUCAAGCCCAGGUUGGAAUAUACCUGGAGAUUUAGGAGUGAAGGGGAAGAUUUUGGGGAGGAAAAAGAGCUCAUCAGGGUAUAAUGCCACACAAUCCCCUUUCAAAGCAGCCGUUUUCUCCAAGGGAACGGAUCUCUGUGACCUGUAAUUCUGGAAGAUCUGCAGGCCCCUCCUGGAAAUUGGCAACCCUAGUUUGCCUUAGUGUGCGGCAGAACGAGACUCUUAAAAGGAGAUUUGGACUUAGCAGAAGCCCUUCUCCCACGACCCUGUUGUCAAAUCUUCUCACAUCCUCCUCUUCACGGUUUUUCAGUUUUCCAUCGCUGCUCGGAGGCGGGGGGGGUGGGGGGGGGAGGGCAGACUGUGCAUUUUGAUAGCCCCACACAAACCUUGUCCUAGGAAAGUGCAUUCCAGCACUCCUCCUCAACCUGCAGUAGUCUAUCUGAAUGUACACAUCGGCCUUCAAUUGAGUCCCGGGUAAGUCAGAUGGUCCAGCUAUACCACAUAGCUGCUGAGCCCCAGAGAAUGCCGUGGGGCCGGGGGAGAGAAUCUGGAGCUGGUGUUGAUUCCCACUCCCCCUGAACUUUGCAAAGCAUUGCCGGCAUGCUUUGGAGUCACGAGGACUAGGAACCUAGGAAGGUUUUCGCUGGUUUUCUGUGAUGACAUGUAAGGUUCCUGAGGAUGCAUCAAGCAUCCCUAUUUUGAACAGUUCUCUCCCCCACCCACAACACAAGCCUUUACUGGCAUAUAAAACAGGACAAACCUUUAAAACAAAACAAGGUUAAGAAAUGCAGUUAAAUGUAUUGUCGAAGGCUUUCACGGCCGGAAUCAC